CUUGAAGACUGACAACCCGCUGGUAUCUCCAUGAGUCUUGGCCAGGUCCCGCGCGUAUAUCCAAGUAUUCCUAGAUCAAGAUGGAAGCCCACCGCUCGCUAAGUUCAAUAUGGCAGAUGAUGCCGCCUCUAUUGACAUGUAUAUACGAAUAAUGGGCAGAUAAUGGGCAGCUGAGGCGGCCCUCCAAGUAUAUCGGGAAGGUGUCUUUUAACUUUCAUGUCACGACAACAUCUGGGACGCAUCACAUUCUACCAUCGCUGGGGGGUGAUGAUGCCUUGAGAGAAUCUCGCAACGACUCGUCAUUGGCGUGUACUUUCUUGGCUUUGUUUAUCUCGCAUCUAACUACGUGGGAAACUUGGGAAGCUAUGCUCAGUCUAUAUAAUACCACUUAACGUCCCCCUUUCUGUCAAUCAUUUCUGAAUACAAGACGCCGCAGCUCUAGCUCUUAAAGCAUAGCAUCCUCCACAUUCCAGGACAUAGUUGAUUUAACUAAUACAUACGCCGCUCGUGCUUCUCUCGAUAAUCCCCUCGUCAACUUCAAGAUGCAGCUUCCUAUUGUCGCCGCUCUCUUAUACGCCAACUUGGCGUUCGCUGCUCCCGGCACGGCUGCGCGUCGUCAGCGAGCCGCUGAACGUCUUGCCGCGAGGAGGGUUUCCCGUGCUUCGAACACGCUUCAGCCCGCCGACAGCGAGUUUGCGAUCGCCUCUGGGAAUGACACCGCCCACGUCGAGUACAGCUCUAACUGGGCUGGUGCUGUCCUUAUCGGCAGUGGCUACAAGACUGUGACCGGUAGUAUUGUCGUCCCCACCCCGAAGACACCCUCCGGCGGCAGCAGCUCCCGACAGUACUCGGCAUCUGCUUGGGUCGGUAUUGACGGCGACACUUGCGACACUGCGAUUCUGCAAACUGGUGUCGACUUCACUGUCCAGGGAUCGUCGGUAUCUUUUGAUGCCUGGUAUGAGUGGUACCCAGACUAUGCUUAUGACUUCUCUGGCAUCCCGAUCAAGGCCGGUGAUACCCUUACCUUCACCGUCACUGCUUCUAGCACGUCAGCUGGCACGGCCGUUAUCGAGAACGUGACGACCGGCAAGAAGGUCACUCACUCCUUCUCCGGUGAGACCGACAAGCUCUGCCAGACCAACGCCGAAUGGAUUGUGGAGGACUACUCAAGCGGUGGCAGUUUAGUUAGCUUCGCAGACUUCGGCACUGUGCAGUUCACCGGCGCUUCAGUCAACGGCGGUACUGGAGUCACCGGCGCGACUAUCAUUGACAUUCAGCAGAGCAGCAAGGUCUUGACUGAUUGCUCGACCUCUGGAUCUAGCACUGUGGUCUGCUCGUACACUGGCUAAGCGAAUAUACUCGCUAUCAUGUCUGUAAGAAAAGGGAUGCGGACAUGUUGGCUGCGGGGUUGAAAUAUCUGAUUGCUAGUUGCGUUACCGACCAGCUUAGUAGCAUAUCUCAAACAAGUAUUUCAACGAGGCCUAGCCUACUAGUAGCUACUUAUAAUAACUAAAGAAAUUCCUCGUGAUAGUUCGUUAUUCGUUCGAUAUCGCAUAGUCGUCUGCCAUCUCUAGAUAUAACAGAAAUUAUCUCCAACUUGGAAGGGACUCGUUACAAAAUACACUGGACUUCCCUAAUAUUCCGAAGCUAAGGCCCCUAUUCACAUACACGUGGGAAUAUCAUACUUCCCGUGAUGCAAUGUGAAC